AAAGUACAACUAAAGUGCUGUGAACAGGAUAUAAAGUCCUGUGUAACAAGAGGGGGACGGUAAACAUAAAAAUGUAUAAAUAGACAACAGAUAUGAUGGACUGCCAACAGUUUUAAACGAAUUAUCAAGGCGUAAGCACAAAACUAACGAGAUAAAUUAUAACAAUUUAUAAAAAUUAUAACGAAAAUAUAUUUUACUUCAAAAAAAUAAAGUGUUAAAAAAAAUAAAUAAUAAAAUUAAUAACUAAAAAAAAAAUUAACAAAAAUGUUUACCAACUGGUUAACGGGUACUACGGGUUUGACAAAUUCGUCCUCCUCCUCUAACACAAACUCAAAUUUAACCUCAAAUCGUCUUACGGAAACUAAUAAUCAUCUUGCCAACUCCUCUAGCAGUAGUACUAGUGCUACUGUUCCUACUGCCUCUUUAAAUCUAUUAAAUAGUCAUAAUUUAUCUAGUUUAAAUGCAAAUAUAAUGUCUACUCCUCCUGAUAUUAUCUUGGAAGUGGGUCCUGCUCCUUCUACUGUACGUUUUAUGGCCCACGGUUUAGUUUUGGGCAUGCAUAGCGGUUAUUUACGUUCAGCCAUACGUUUAGAUGAACGUGGAGCAGGACCCUCAUCUGCUGGUGCUGGUGGUGGCUCUAAUGUUUCGGAUAUUAUAGUUUAUUUAACUAAUGUUACUCCUGAACAAUUUGCUCCUUUAUUGACUUAUAUGUAUACCGGAUAUUUGGAUUUAAAUGUGGAGAAUAUUUUUGGUGUUUUAUUGGCCACGCAUGUUUUACAUAUGCCGCGGGCUUUGGAAAUUUGUAGAUCCUAUUUAGCUCGUGCCCAAACCGAAGGAUACUUUGGAACCAAUAACCCUUCGCUAAACACCACAAACACACAUCCCUCUCUAACUUCAACAGCCGCAGCCACAACCAGUGGUAAAAUAAUACGCCCCAUUCCCAGUAAACCAACAUUAACAAAUUUUGGAUUUUUACCCAUAAGUCAUCAGACGUUAAAUCUAAAUCCUUUAGCACACACAACAUCAAACAUAACAUCAAAUCCUGCAGAACAAGAACUUAAAACUACAACCCCCGAAGCUGUACAACAAAAAGAUGAGGAAGAUGAUAUCGAAGUAGAUGAAAUAGAUAAACAAUCGUUAAAUAAUGAAAAUCAAAUACCCACAACAAUAGAGGAUGAAGACGAGGAUGUAGAGGUGUUUAUAGAUUCCAAUUCAGAGGCCGAGGUAGUGGUGGAAACACAAAUACACAAAUUAUCCUUUAAAAAAUUAAUGGAAAAUAAGAAAUCUUCACAAGAAAAGGAAACAAAAGUGAGACAUCAUGAAAGAACCACGCAUCAUAGAAAAUCCUCGCAUCAUAGUAAAUCGGAAAGACGUAGAAAGGGUUCUUCGGGUUUACAGGUGGCUAAAGCACCCAUACCCGCCUCUCAACUAGACACAUCAGAGGCUAAUAAGGUUAUAAUAGAUGUGGCCAGUUGUGAUGGUCCGGUACGUUUUAAACGCAUUCUAAAUACUGCCUAUGGUCAUAAACCAGAUGCUUGCAAUACUAGCAAUCACCAUUCAGGCGCUGGCCUUACAGCACCCUCAAUACCCGAACGUUCUUUACAAAGUGUUUCUCUAUCAUUUCAUCAACAAAUGGCUAAAACCAUUAGUCAGCAGCAGCAAUUGCAACAGGCUGAGGAAUCGGAAAAUAGUGAAACUUCCAAUGGUAGUUUAGGAGCUACUGUAAGAAAUUCCGAUAAGGCUAGUGGUAGUCGUAAGAUACAAAGUGAAGUAUUUGUUUGUGUUUACUGUAAACAUACAUUUAAAUCACAAUAUUGUUAUCAAAAACAUGCUAAACGUCAUUUAAAUCCCUUAACCCUACAAGCCACUUGUGUGCCCGAGGGCAAAAUGACGGCAAAAGAAGAAUCUUCUGUAAAUGGUGAAUUACAAAUAACUAAACAUCAGAAUAUAACAGCAACGAGACCGUUUUAUGUACGCAACUCUAUGCAAUAUUCCUCAAAUGCAUCAACUUCUUUAUCUAAUGGUAAUUCAACACUUCAGACAUCCUCCUCCGCCUCAGCGGCUACUACCUCGGAUUACUUGAGACGCGAAGUUAGACCCUUAGAUAUGAAUGUUCAAUAUUAUCCUUGUAAAACAUGUGGCUGUAAGUUUCCUAGUUAUUAUUUUGUUCAUAAACAUCGUAAAAUGUGUCAUGCUGAGGAAGAGGCGGCAGCAGCAUCGGCCGCUCAACAGCAGGGUGAUAAUGAGGCAAAUGCUUCUAACAAUAGUGUUGGAUUGGUGGGGUCGGCGGAUAAGUUAAGUACUCAAACUAGUGAUUAAAUUAUUUAUAAAUUUUAAGAAAAUUUUUAAAAAUUUUAAAGAAAAACAUAUCGAGCUUUAGCAUUUAAUGUUAAAACAUUUUAAAAUCAAAUUUAAAUAUUAUUAUAAGA